AUGGAAAAGCCUGCGAGUCUUACCAGGGAAAUAUCACCCCCAACGCACAGUAGGAAAACGAAGCCUCUACAGAAAGAGCAAGAGAAUCCAAAGGAUGGACCACCUCCGGUCGCCGCGCCCAGUCUCGCAGCGAUCGAAGCGGGCGAGGCCAGAAUACGUGAUCAUCUUGCCUACUUCUCCGAGCAUCUCAGUAAUGUAUCGAGGUCUGGAGAGAAAGGCGCCCCGAGGCUAUCCAUCGACGAUUUUGUGAAGCUCCAUCAGCGGAAUCAACACCCGCGCGGGCGCCAUUUUGUGAUACACCAACAUGAUCAUCCAGUUGCUGGAGUCCAUUAUGACCUCCGCCUGCAAUUUUCUGAGACAAGCACUAUCUCAUUCGCAAUACCGUAUGGCUUGCCCGGUAAUCCUAAUUCCAAGAGGCAGGGUAGAUUGGCCAUUGAGACGAGAGUGCACAAUUUGUGGAACAACUUGAUCGAGUCUGCCUCCCAUGCCACCGGCUCCCUGCUCAUCUGGGACACCGGCGAAUACUCCAUCCUCCAACGGCAGGCCAGAGCCGUGCAAACCGACGACGAGUUGUCGGGCGGCUCGGAUCAUGCGCCAGGUCCAUCCCCUUCAGCCCACCAAAGAAGCAAAUCCGAGAACCAAAAGCUUUUCGAAGCAUUCCAAGCCACUCACAUCCGGCUUCGCCUCCACGGCACCCGGCUACCACGGAGUUAUACCAUAUCGCUCCGCCUUCCACCCGCGAACAAUACCACCAAAGCACAAGCAACGCCCCGCAAGCGCCGACGAAAGAGCACAUUCAUUCCAUCGCGACCAAUGUACCCUGCUACCGACAGCGAUACUGACGAAGACCCCGGAAACGGAACUGUAUCGCCGUCGCUUCCGCGUUCGCGGACAGCUUCUGCAACACCUUCAGCCUUUCACGGCGGAGACGACGACCGCCAAGCAAUCGAAGCAGCCAACGCAUCAGAAGUUGAAGACGAGGACCAAACGACACGAACAAACAAUGCUUACCCGGGGGCUACGAACAGCAUCGGCUCUAUCCACCAGCGGCAGUGGUUUCUGCGGCUCGAUCAGGUCAAUUCGGGAUUUGUGCGAGCGAGUUCGGGACCUGAGAAAGGGAGAUGGGUCCGGGGCUUGUUGAAUGGGGGUCGUGGAGGUCCCGGAGGGGAUGAUAGUAAGCAUGGAGAGCUGGAGCUUGGUGGCUUUGGCACGUUCUUCGUGCGGGGAGCUGAGCAUGAGAGGAGCGUAGUUACUGGGCGGUUGAGUAAAGAUGUCUUUGCUGAUGAAGGCGUGAAGGGCUUUCUGGGGAGGAAGAUGUGGCGGCCGAUACUGGAAUGA